UGUGUGUGUGUGUGUGUGUGUGUGUGUUGUGUGUGUGGUGGAGCUGAGCGCGGAGCUGGAGAAGUUGCCGGAGCUGCUGAAGCUGGAUGUUGUUCUCUGGGUUUAUGGAGCCGUGCGCGCGGAGUGCGAGUGUGUGACAGUGCGUGAGAGUGUGUGUGUGAGUGUGUGUCAGUGUGCGUGAGUGUGUGACAGUGUGUGUGUGAGUGUGUGUUCUGCGAUGAAGCGGUGAGGAUUGUUCCCACGUGGAGUAGAUUUUUGGAGCUCGCGGACCCCCGGAGCAGGAGUGUGUGUGUGUGUGUGUGUGUGAGGAUGCAGGUGUCGGUGCUGCUGUGUGUGGGUGUGUGUGUGGUGAGUGUGUGUGCGGAGGGCAAGUGGAGGAGCUGCGGGGAGGUGCGCGAGGCUUACAGCGCGCUGGGCUUCAGCCUGAACACCGCACCACAGCACGAGAUCGCAGGUGAGCACCUGCGAGUUUGUGCUCGGGGACAAACCUGCUGCAGCUCAGAGAUGGAGGAUAAGCUGGGGGUGCAGAGUAAGGUGAAGCUGGAGGGGAUGGUGGAGGAGUCCAGUGACGUCCUGCGCUCCACCUUCUUCUCCAGGCACAAGAAGUUUGAUGAGUUCUUCCUGGAGCUGCUAGAUAACUCAGAGAAGUCACUGAACGACAUGUUUGUGCGGACGUACGGGAAGCUGUACACGCACAACUCGGAGAUCUUUGAGGACCUGUUCUCGGAGCUGAAACGCUACUACACCGGCGGGAACGUCAACCUCGAGGAGAUGCUGAACGACUUCUGGUCACGCCUUCUGGAGAGGAUGUUCCAGCUGCUGAACUCGCAGUACACCUUCACCGACGACUAUCUGGAGUGUAUCAGCAAGUACACGGACCAGCUAAAGCCCUUUGGAGACAUCCCGCGGAAACUGAAGGCUCAGGUGACCCGCGCCUUCAUCGCCGCCAGGACCUUCGUCCAGGGUCUCAUGGUUGGGCGGGAGGUGGCCAACAGGGUGUCGAAGGUGAACGUGUCUCCAGGCUGCAGUAAGGCUCUGACCCGGAUGCUGUACUGCCCGUACUGCGGCGGGCUGCCCGGACUGCGACCCUGCGGGAAUUACUGCCAGAACGUUAUGAAGGGCUGCCUCGCCAACCAGGCCGACCUGGACCCCGAGUGGAACCUGUUCAUCGAUGCGAUGCUGCUGGUUGCCGAGCGACUGGAGGGACCCUUUAACAUUGAGGCGGUGAUGGAGCCCAUCGACGUGAAGAUCUCAGAGGCCAUCAUGACCAUGCAGGACAACAGCAUGCAGGUCUCAGCCAAGGUGUUUCAGGGAUGUGGUCAUCCGAAGCCGGCCGGACUGAGCCGGACGUCCCGCGGGAUCUCGGAAAAGGGUUUUAACACUCGUUUCCGACCGUACAGCCCAGAGGAGCGUCCCACCACCGCCGCCGGGACCAGCCUGGACCGACUGAGGAAUGUGUGGAGAACAAUGCAGAACAGCGUUAUUGAUAUUAAAGAAACUCUAAAGAAGUCUAAGAAGUUUUGGUCGACUCUGCCGGAUGCCGUCUGCAGCCGGGAGCGGGUCAGUGAUGACGACGAGCAGUGCUGGAACAGCCACGCUAAAGGAAGGUAUUUCCCGGAGGUGGUGAAGGACGGAUUGACGGGUCAGCUGAAUAACCCGGAGGUGGAAGUGGACAUCACCCGGCCGGAUACGUUCAUCAGGCAGCAGAUCAUGGCCCUCAGAGUGAUGACCAACAAACUCCGCAACGCCUACAACGGCAACGACAUCUACUUCCAGGACUCCAGUGACGAGGGCAGCGGGUCGGGCAGCGGCAGCGGCUGCACUGAAGGAUGCACCACUGAGUAUGACUUCGUCGCUACAGAGGCACCGGUGGUGGAGGCGGACCGAAGCGACCCCCGACCCGCCACUGACAACGCCGGCCUCCGCGGCCACGCCCCGCCUCCGCCCUGCCAACUGGCGGCGAUAGCCGGCAUUCUGCUGCUGCUACUGUGGCAGUGGAGAUAAUGGGGUGUGUGGAGGGGCGUGGCCUAUGACUUUAUUAGGACACAGCACAGCUCCUCCUUCACUGUCGAGUAGCCACGCCCCAUUCGGGGACAUGGGGGCAGGGCUUGUUACAGACUGAAAACCCUGGGGAUUAAAAAGGUGACGGAAAGUGAAAGAGAGCGAUAAAAGGAGAGAGAGGGAUAUGAGAAAUCUCUGCAUCUCACUCGUCCUGAAAAACAACACUGAAGGAAGGCAGAAUAAAAGUCCCCGGGUGCAGGAGACAGUCAGCAGCACGUUCCUCGAAAUCCCUUUCAACAAGGGAGAGGUACCUGAAAACAACAACAACAACAGAGAAGAUGAAGAAGAGUCUAUUUUUGUUUUUUAUAAACCGUGCAAAAAAAAAAAGAAAAGAAAAAAAGAUAAAACCUGCAGUCUGAUGUUUUCUGUGUUUUUCCGCCUCUUCUGAAACCCGACGCCGGAGAUGAAAACGCAGAGACAUGAAGGAGGACGGCAUGAAAAGAGCAGCGUAUGAAUCAGAUUGGCUCCUGUGCCGCACUGUGAACGCAUGCAGUCGUACGCUCCGCGUCCAAUCAACUUCCAGCUUUCAUCCGCCCAGACGCAUCCCUCCUCACUUUCACACAAAUUCACUUUUCUGACAGAUUUCAUCCCACACUUCCUCCCACGACCUGCAGGAGAACUUCACUUAAAAUUACACUAAACCAGGUAUCAGGAUGAUCACAUGACCCCAGAUUCAGUAGAUCUCAGUCUAGCAAUCUCUAAUCAACCACAACCCGAACACGAGGCCGCGGUUCAAUUCCUGCUCUGGAUGACUGUGCUGAUUUACACCAACACACCAAUAAGAGUCCUCCUCUUUAAUAUAAUUAACUUUACAUCAGUCUGAAGAGGAGAGACAGGUUAAUCCCCUAAACAAGUUUAAAUUUACACGAUUAUUAUCUAACGUUUAUAUUAUUGUAUCUCUGAUCUGACGUGGACACACCCCUAAAAACUUUAAAAACAUCCGGAAAAACUUAAACAUCAGAUCAAAACGUUAGUUGUUUAGGAUAGAAACUUUAUAUUAAGUUUCCGAGGCAGUUAAAACACUCCAGACGAUAGAGGGGUGAUAGAGGACAAAUCAUAUUGUGGCUGUCUCUCUCUAGUAGCGCCCCCUCGUGGUGAUGUUCAGAAUACAGCUUGCACUUGUUGUGCUUUAAAUUGUAAACCGUUUUAAUUGUAGCUACAUGUGAAAACCAUUCAGUGUAUGUAGUUUAACACGUCUACGUUAACGACCCUGGAGGAACCGGAACUAUUUUUACCUCAGGACAGUGUGUGAUAUCACUCCGCCCCCUGUGCUUUAGUCUGAAUGUGGAACAGAGCACAACGUUAUUAAUAUAACUGUAUGAUAAUGUAUUUCCGGUUCUGGAUUCAGUGUGGAGAAUAUGGUGGGUAAUUUACUAAACCCAAGAAUUAAAAUAGAUUUCUUUUUAAUUUAAAGAUGUAAAGAUUUUAGGGGUGUGACUACAGAGAUGAGUAAACUGAUAACAGUUUAAGUCCAGUUUUUGUUAGCAACAUUAAUCUAGCAUCUCCUAUAGUAACCCAAAAAAAAGCACACAUCAGAUACCAAACCCGCCUCAGCUGAUCGACUGAAUCUGGAUCAGUGAUCAAUUAUAUUUAUGCUAAUUAUGGUAAUUAUGGGUAUAGUUUUUAACCAAUCCGUCCCUUUAUUUAUCCACAGGUUUUACUUUAUUAGAUGUGUUUUUUGUUCCUUAUAAGUGAAAAAGAUUUAUUUAUAUUUCUAAUAUAAUUCUAUAUUUUGCUUUUAGCAGUUAGCAGAUUUUUAUCUGAUAUAUAUGCACAGAUUUAUCUCUCGCUAAAAACAGACUUUUAUUUUGUCUUUUAUUUAUUUCAGCUCAUGUUUUUUUCCCCUUUUAAAAAUAAAAUGUCAGUAUCAGAAAGUAGCAGAAAAUUACAC